GUCUUUAUAGAGGAUAAAGAAGACACUCGAGAAGUUCCGAUUACUCCAUGGUGACUAUCAACAAUAUGGCGCCUGUAUUUUGUGCGGAUUAAACAUUCAUCGAUGAUUUACACGAAGUAGAAAUAAGGUUUGAAAAUGGAGAUCAGUCGCCUUUUGAGUGAUCCCUUAGAGGAAGAGGAACCAAUAAGUAAACAACUAACCAUACUCAUUGAACGUCGCAAAACAGAGGAAAAACGGAAGGCGCUAGGACACUGGGACUUGUUGAGAAGGUCCGUCAAGAAAACAGUAGAAGCUGUAAAGGAUUCAGACUUGAAGAACAAAGUUGUUUCACAUGGAAUUCAUCAUUUGCGAAAACUCAAUCAUGACCACUCAAUUAAAUCUGUUGCUUUUAUGAAAGACCGAAAGGAGUACAUGACAACAGAUGGCGGGAAUGUAAGCAUUUUUCAUGAAGAUGGGAGGAAAAAGGCAACAUUUACUCCAGAGGAAACUAUGGACACCAUCAUCUAUUGUUCACAUUCCAAUCAAUUUGUUGGAUACACAAAAGGGGAUGACGAACUUUUUCUGAUGAACACAGAGUUUGAAAUUAUUUCUCAAGCAAGAAACCCUUGCAAAAUAAACUUGGCAAAGUACAACCACAACACCAUGGAGUUUAUAACAUUUGGUCCAGGUUAUUUUGUGUGCUGGGCAUUCCGAUAUGGGGCAAGGCAUCUGAUACCCAGAAAGAUGAACAAAAUCAUAUUCACAGCUGACAAUGCCUUCUCCCAUCUUGUUUUGGAGGAAACAGCGAGUCGUCAGCAGCGCUGUUAUCUAUCACAUGGCAAAGAUGUCGCAGUUUACAAUGUUUUUAUGGGAAAUCAGCUGACUAUGAAGAAAGACCUUCAUGAACGCAUAAUUACAGGAUUGACAUUUUUCAAUCCUUUGAAAUACUUGAUCACUGGUGCUAAGGAUGGAUCCAUCAAAGUUUGGGACAAUGACUGGUAUCUUAAAAUGGUGUUUGUUGGACACACAAGAGCCAUUUCAGUGUUGUCUGUGUACCCAGACGGUCCUGCCAUUGUCUCUGCCAGCCAUGAUUCUACUGUCAGGGUCUGGAACUUGGAUUCUUGUGAUGAGGUGGACAGAGCCAAACUAGAUGCCCCAGCUGUUGGAAUGGCCACUGAGUUGAACUAUUUUGUGUUUUUCACAUACUCUGGGAAGACCGUGGACCUCUGGAGAAUUCAGCACCUGUUCAGUAUACACACUUCGAUUGGACAAAGAGUGGUCGCAAUCAAACAGACGAGUCACCCCAACCACCAAAUCCGCUCCCUGGUGGUCAGUCGUGACAGCAGUGUGCGUCUGAUCACUCCUCCCAAUGGGGAGGUUCUAUCAACCCUUCUUCUCGAUCCGGCCAAAGGAAUCGUGGACGCAGCAUAUGCCAUCAACGAGGAAAAGUUGUUUGUGGUUUUAAACAAUGGAGAUAUUUUGAAGUGCUCAACAAAGACUAAUCCAAUGUCAAUUGAAAAAACUUGGAAAAUUCAAAACCCAAGGGAGGCUUGUAACUAUCUUCUGGUGUAUGAAUAUGUCCCUGACUUCAAAUCUGAUGCCUGGGCUGCAUUCAAACGAGGGCUAGCUACCAACACGAUAGGAAGUGGUGGCUCGCAGACCAGCAGAGCAAAGACCAUUCUCUUGGGAGGAAGAAAAGAUGGCCAUAUCUGUGUCUUUGAUUGGGAAGAUGGGAGAGUCAUUUUCAGCAUUGAUGCUCAUGGAGUAAAGGGAGUGCUCAGUAUGAAAGCAAACUCCAAACAAGAUCAACUCAUCUCUGCUGGCAAAGAUAACAUCAUCAAAGUAUGGCGGUUGUACCCUUUUGCUGAGGAGGCCCUGGCCCCGCUGAUGUCGUUUUAUUGUGCACACACACCAGUCCACAUGACCAUGCUGAAGACCAAUCUCUGCGUAGCAUUCCAGGACCAUGCUACUGCAACUUAUAACAUCGUAAUCUAUAAUCUCAAAGACAGAAUGUUUGGGGGAGAAAUGAACAGCAAACAAAGUUUAGAAAUUCACUCUAAUCGCUAUGACCACCAGCCAGAUGAUGACCACACAGAUACUAUCACUGGCUUAACAAGUUGCCAGAGGAUGAAGUUGUACGCCUCCUCAAGUCUUGAUGGAACGAUCCGAAUCUGGGAUGAAACUAAUAAUUUAAUCAGACUGCUGAAAUUGAAGACGAUGCCUUAUAGUGUGGGAUUCUGCAGUGAGAGAGGGGAUCUACUAGUCGGGAUCAGUCACCAUUUGUAUAAAAUCCCAUAUACAGCUUAUCUACCUAAAGCCUACAUUUUCAAGAUGGUAUCAAUGAGAUUUGCAGACCCCAAACCGGAGACUCCUUUCCCUGUAGAUGAGAACCAGAUUAAAAAACUCUCCAAAAGGGAAUACACCCGCCUCAAAAAAUCUCAUUCCUCCUUCAAAUACAACCAUUUUGAGGACAUUCUGACAAAAGAGGAGGAAGAAGAGGUACAUAGGGAGCAGAAGAUAAAAGAGGAAGCCUUCUCCAAACUAAGAGCGAGAGAAGAGGAGCUGGUACAGAUCAAGGAGAGUCAGAUCAAAGCAAGGAGGACUGAAGAGAUGGAGAGAAAGAAGAAGAAAAAGAAGGAAGUCAAAAUUAAUAGCGAAGCUUUUAUCAACUACUUCAAGAUGUAUUACGACAAGGAUCGUCCACAGCUUCCUCCUGAAAACCCCUAUGCUUUGGAAGAUUUCUUAAGUCGAGGUGAAGUGGAUGAGGAGGAGAAUCCCUUCAAGCCUGAGCGAGAACCCACUGGUUUCUUCCCUCCAAUAAACAAGGCCUCCAGACCUGCCACCGCUGCAGAGGAACCACUCAUGCCCGCCUACCAGAGCGCCACCACUAGUGGCUUUGUGCCCAACUCUGUCCUUGUCAAAAUUCUUUGGCCUCCUCCCCCUCCACAACCAGAGAAGUCGCAAGAAUCCUGGCGGCCACCAUCUCUGUCUGAUGGUCAACUGGAAGAAAUUGAAAAAGAAAAGCGUAAAUGGUCCAAAACUAUAGGUAACCAGGAACCAAGUGAAGGCGAAAAAGAGAUCACAGUAGAUGACCUAGUUCCGGAGGAUGACCAGGAUCGUACCCUUAUGAUCGAUGAUUGGGAGGACGAAAAGUCUGCCCCACAGAGCCCCAUACCAUCCAGUGGGACAAGAACACCAGUUUACACUCCACCCAGGAAAGAGGUCACAUUCAGUCGACAGCCCACGGUCCAUGUCCUGGAGACCCCGCCCAAAACCCCCUCCCCUCCAGCAUCCACCAGACAGAGCUCGCUAAUGUCACGGUUCAACGAUAUGAUGACAAAGAAGGAGGAAGAAAAGGAUGACGAUGAAUCAACAGUUACCAUGACACCUCGGUCACCUAUUGAGAAGGAGCCACCAGUGACCCCGAAAUCCUCUCUAUCAGACAAACCCCCCAGUGAACCCAAACCACCCUCACUACCCCCUCCAAAGAGGGAGGUUAAGCCCCUCAAACCUCUGGUCAAGUAUACGAAACCCUCUGCCCCUGUGGAUCCCCUUCCCCCAAAACCUCGACCCGUGGCCCCACAGCGAGAGCCAACACCACCACGCCCGGAAACGCCACUUCCUGGAUUUGUCACUCAGUUCAAGGGAGCAGAGUGGUUCGAGAAGUUCUUUCCAGAUGCUAGCGAAGCAAAUAUUCCUAAGCCCUGGACUGCAGAUAAUUUCAUGAUGACCUUGAACAGACUUCUGCGCAUCGCAGAAUAUAUGCACAAGAUCGCAGUCACUGAUGCCAUGGCCAUGUUGUAUACCCAGGAGGACAUAGGAGAUGGAACAGUUCACUCCGUUGCUAAAAACCUGAUCGCGGUGCUAAACCUCCACAAAGAGCCACCCACAUGCAUGGUGGAAGAGCAAAAGAACUUUAUCAUUUCAGCUCUGAGGGCCAUGAGCAAGUUUGGAAUCAAGGAUAAGGAGUUUGUUUCAGAGCUGAUGGUGCAGUUUCUGGAUGGCGACAAGGAAGUGAGGAUGACAGUGAUUGACCUCUUAUCUUCCAUUGGACUGCAAGAUCCACAGAAGUUUUUCUCCAAGGAGCUGGAUUCCUGGGAUAUCUGGAAUGUGGAGGAGGAAGACAGAAAAGGUGAUCUGAGGAAGAUGUGUCAGCAGUGGCUGGAUAGGUGGAUGACGUCAUACAAACUCCAUCUAACUGAUACUAUUGAGAGAAUGACUAAAGGCCAAAAUAUUCAGGGGAGGAUGAGAGGUGGAGGGAAGAGCCGGGGAACUCCCCCUCCAUCAAACCGGAGCAUUCUGAAGAAACCUUCAAUAGGAGGAGGGGACACAAUCUUAGAAGAUCAAGAAACAGUCACCACAAUUCCCGAUGAACGAACCUCCAGAAGUCGAAGCAUAACAGUUACAUUUGAUAAGCCCCCCGAUCCAGCCCUCAUUGACAGUGCCACCUAUGUCGAUGCAAUCAAUUACUUCUGUGACAUGAUGAUGGAAAAAGCACUAGAAUCGCUCAAGCGUGGUGGUGGAAGGAAGCCUCCAGGAUCUAAAGAAAAUGUCGUACAAGCAAAGAACACUGUUCUUGUGUUGCCAAAACUUCCACACAAACCUGCCCUGGUUCGGUUGGGUGAAACCCACACAAGCACCUGUCGGCCUCAGAGAGAAACUAAUCUCCAUGUUGAUUACCGUUACCCAGCAACAACAGGUCGAGGAAACCAACCCAUUCCAGGAGACAUCACUCACUUUACUCCUAGCAUAAACCUGCCCAUGAAAACCUUGUACAUGAACCCAUUCCCAAGUGCUAUUGAUGCUUUAUUGCCAAAUUACCAAGAACCUAUUCUAAUAACCCUCAAAUCCUCCCAGAAAUACUUCAUUCACAAUCAGUCCUACCUCCCAUCUGACCAUGCUGUUGCACCAGCACAUUGAGGGGUAACCAUGGCAACCAGUUUUGUGCUGAUAAACACGACUUUCACAUGCAUGAUUGUAUAUACAUACUUAGUUAAACAGAGGAUACUGAUGCAAACAAUAUUUGUUUUUAUAAUAAUUGUAUAUAUUUAUUAUGUUUUAUAUUAUAAAGUGUUUGUAUAAAUGAUUUAAUUUGCACUGUUGCUGUUUGUGACAUUUCGGAAACAUUCUCUGAAUUUUCUUUAUGAUUACUGUUUAUGUUGUGUUCAUAUUUUGUGUGUGAAUUAUAGUGAUAUAAACUGCGAUAUCAAGUGAGAAUGUGUCAUUUUUUUGCAUAAAAAGUUUAUAAAAAGCACAUAUAUCUGUGAUAUUGAGUAGUUAAUUCUGCACACAAGAGAGAGAGAGAGAGAGAGAGAGAUGUUGAAAAAAAAUGUUACACUUUUUGAGAAACAUUUUACUUGUUUCCUUAUAAAAAUGAAAAAAACAAUUUCAUGUAUCUUAUGUUAUAUUUUCUGAAAAAUAAAUUCAUUACUGAACUGCA